AAUAUGGCAAGGCCCGUCGUUUUCUUUGACAUCACCAUUGACGGCGUAAGCGCGGGCAGGAUCACCAUGGAGCUUCGAGCGGACGUCGUGCCAAAGACUGCCGAGAAUUUCCGAGCCCUGUGCACUGGCGAGAAGGGGUUCGGCUUCAAGAAUUCCACUUUUCACCGCAUCAUUCCGAAGUUCAUGUGCCAGGGUGGCGACUUCACCAAUGGCGACGGGACUGGAGGAAAGUCCAUCUACGGCGAGACCUUCAAUGACGAGAACUUCCAGCUCAAGCACGAAGGCUUUGGAACACUUUCCAUGGCCAAUGCCGGACCCAACACCAACGGCUCGCAGUUUUUCCUCUGCACCGAUAAAACAGACUGGCUUGACGGGAAGCACGUGGUGUUCGGCAAAGUUUUAGAGGGGACGGCUGUGCUGAAGAGCAUGGAAAAGCAAGGUUCCUCCAGUGGGAAAACCAAAGCCAAAGUGGUCAUCGCAGACUGCGGCGAGCUCAAGUAG